UGAAAACAAACACCACGUUGUUUAUAUUUUAAAAGUUGACCUUGUUUACGUUUUAAGCCGGCGUUUAACGGUUUCAUUAAACGAACAUUAGUAGAUAUUAGAUUAGAAUUUUACGUUGAAAAAUGUCUGAUUGGGAAAACAUAGAAUGUGGGUAUAACGCUUGGGAAGAGACUAUGAACUUUGGAACAAGGUGUCUCGGUGGCUUGGACGAUUUGCACGAAACUAGCACAUUAGCUGUUAUUCAAAGCUCGGAUGGGGGUACCACAACGUUACCGACCAUUCACUCGCUGGUAAACAACGGAUCUGUUCUUUUUUCCAUCAAUAAAUCGCUUCGUAGCUUUCAAGACUUGCACUGCACAGUCUUGAGUUUAAAUAAUACUUUUGACGAUAUUAUUGAUACAUUUUCCAUUAAUUUAAAUGGAACUUUGCUGUGUGUUUGUUUGCGUAGUGGACUUGUUAUUGUGUUCGACAUUGAGAGUGAACCACAAGUACUGUUUCAGAAGAUUGUUUGUGAGAAUAAUGAUAAGGAACAGGCCUUCUUUAUCAAAUCCAUACCAGUUCAAACUAGGACAGAAAAUCUUACUUUUUAUAUAAUUAAUCGGACCGGAAAAAUUCACAGAAUUACACAUUCACGUUUGGAAGACACCAGUAGUGAUUGUAGUGAUUAUAAAUACACCGAUCAUCUUGUCAUGGAUUUAAGCAAGCCAAUCUUGAGUGCUGAUCUAUUAUAUCCAAUAAUGUGCUGCACAAACUUAGAACAUGUAUUUAUUUGCAACUUGGAAAUGGCAACGUUUACUUCAUUCAAUACAAAAGGUUUAAAGAAAAUUUAUCUGUGCAAUACACGAUUCUGCUUAGGAUUAACAGAUGAUGGAAGAUUAAUGAGUGUGUGUACGAAAACUGGAUUAAGGCUCACCACAAAAAUUAAAAUCUUAUUUGAUGAUAUGCUCUUAAUAUACGACAAUAAUCACGUGCAAAUUUUAGCAGUGACCAAAAAGGACGAAAUAGGAAGCUCAGAUAUCACGCUAAUGUCAUAUCCAGAAUAUAAAACCGUAUUCUCCCUAAGACUAUCCAGUGGAAUACAUUUCAUCGUACCAGAGCAUAUUCAUGAUGAAAUAAUGUACAUCUCAGAAAUAAGAGCCGGUGAGGCCAUUAAAGAGCUACGAUUUCAAAUUAUUUCCGAAACAGCUCCCGAAUAUCGUCUUCAACGAUUGUUGCGCAGGCAGAAGUUCAAGGAAGCUGAGCAGUUUGCAAAAAUGUUUAGCCUGGACUUGACGGAGAUUCAAAAAGCAAAGGCUCGAUUGAUAGUGGAUAAGUAUGAAUGUAAUGAAACGGACGUUACUGAGUUACUUGAGAUUUUAAAUGGCAUUUCUGAUGACGAGUUCAAAAUUUCAAGCUGCUUAAACACCCAUUCGUCCUGCAGUAAUCUGAAAGAUGUGGAACGAAUUUUGCGAUACAUGAACUCUGUGUCACCCUCUGAAUUGAGUGCAGAUAGCGAACAAUGGGAGAAUAUUGGCCCAGAGCUCAUGUUCAGAUUUCAUACAUUUCUUAUGCUUGUAAAUGCCGGUUACUUAGAGAGUUCAUCUGAAGAUUGGAAUCAUUUCUCAAUAUGUGAUCUGCUUAGCCAACUACGCAUUUUACUAGAAGAGGGUCAAAUCGAGGAAUUUAAGAUUUUAUAUAAUCGACUAGAUGCUGCAACUGUAGAGAAAUUAAAUCAAACAGAUAUUGCUACAAUAUUGGAUAACGUCAAUAAGCUUGCUCUCGGAGAUCAAGAAUCUUUUUUAAGUGCCUUUGUUCCUUUAAGUAUAAGCUAUCUACCUUCAUCGGUAACCACAUUCAUACAGUGGAUAAUAAGCAAUGUGUAUUACAUAGAGAAAACCUAUUUCGAUGCAUUUCCCAAGAAUGCACUAACGUUCUUAAACCAAAUGGUUGUGUUGCUUAAACUUGACUCUAUUCACCAACUUGACUUUCAACAAUGUUCCAUGAUUGAUUCGGAUCUUUUACAAGACUUGGAGAACAUUAUUGAUACUCUCAAAAAAUUAGAAGUGUUGAAAACUGAACAUAGGAUAGUGAUUCCACUGCAACAUUUGCAGCAGGAUAUGAAGACCUUAUUUCCAGGAUUGUUGAUUUCUUUUGCUAAGAAUGAAACGUUUUUAACUCAAUUUAUUGAAAACUUUGUUCAGCCCCACCAAAAUGAUGUUUUUGGAGACAUAAUUGAGGAUCUUGUAAAAUAUCCGGAAGAAUACUGGAUUAAAGUUAUUCCAAUAAUGUUAGAAUACCUGACGUCUCUGACGAAAAGAUUAAAUGCAGUUAUUAUAGUCAUAAAAGAAGCACAUGUCCCAUGGUGCGAAGAAAUCCGAAAAAUUGCUUCCAGUUCAAUUCGUCAUAAUCACCCAUUAGUCUCUCAGAUCAUUGGAAAAAUCCAAGAGGAACGAAAAAGUAGUAUUUUGAGAAAGAAACCGUACUGUAUCAUGAAACCUUAUGAGGAUAGCUCCAAAUUUAUAUUAUUUGCUAUCAAUCGGAUCUUGUACUGUAACGAGCCUUCGAUGGUGCAUGACAUUUAUGAAAUUUGUAAGGAUUCUGCAACAACAAAGCUCGAAGCAGAUGUUUUGAUUAUUCAUCAUCUCAUUAAAAAGGGCGAUUUUUAUAAUGCACUUGAGGUCUUGGACCGUAAUUCGGAAGAAUAUGUAAGCAAAUUGUGCAGAAGAUUAGUUAUGCAUGCCUCAACAGCAAUUGAUAAUGAGUACAAGCUGGACUCAGUGCAAGAAAAUUAUUACGAAAUCUUAGGUUCCAUAUUCGUUAGACUACAAAGAAAUGAGUCGAGUUUCAAAAAGCAAAACCACUGUAAUACAUUGCAACUUCUAAGAAAUGUUUAUCACAUUCAAAGAAGUUUCAAGAUGAACGUAAUAUGCAAGGAUUUUAUUAAGCCUGUGAAAAAAUAUUUACUCAGCAAGCUAAUGCCAGUACUUACUGAGGAGUACAGCAACAACAAAAAUACAGUCGUCUGCGUUAGAUCAUGUGAGAAAAUGGCAGAGUAUUUAAAACUAGACAGUAAGGAUGUCUUAAUUGAAUUAUGCCGACAAAUAAUCGGAGACUAUAAUAUAAUUGUAAGUGCUGGGCAAGUGCUUUACAAAAAUGAAGAUGAUCCGAAGAGUCUAUGUGCAAUGGCAACACUCUUAUUACUUUGUAUUGGUAUUCCAAACUCACGUUUUGAGAUUAGUGAUGCUAAUAGGUGGUGCGAUUACGAGCAUAUAGAUCUAAAACCAUUUACCGUUGGAUUAAGGCUUGCCAGAAAACUAAUGGUAAAGGCGAUUUUGACCGCUUCAGAAGUUGAUUUAAUUCGUUGCAUGGAAAUAGCAAACUGGACGGAAAUGACAUAUUUUGUCAGUUAUCCUGAGAUACACAAUGAAAGUUUGCACAAUGUUUGCCUAAGUAAUGCAAUGACUGCUAGUCUAUCUUUAUUUAAUGGCAUCAAGACUGUGUUUAAAUUUUAUGUGCAGCAUCUAGAUAUGACUACAAACUCCCACAUGUCCAACUUGUAUAUAGAAACAAAUGGUGACAUUGGAAAACUGGAGAGCAAUCCAGCAAUAGAUGUCUGCUCCCUUCAUUCUUCAAUAACAAGUUUAUCUGUUGAGGGCAAUGGCUAUAUGGCAUAUAAACUAAUUGAAGUGCUGCACAGAAAUAUGAUUUGCAUUAACGACAGCGAUGCAGAGUUGUCUGACAAUUUACAUGAAGUGCUACAAAACUGCGCUAAACGCUUGUUGCAUCAGAUGUUCUCGUCUGCUUCCAUUAACAUAGAUUUUGCGUUCAAUCUAUUGAUUAUCUUAAAAGACGUGAGCUACUGUAAACGUUUUUUGGUGCAAAGUUUAAAACAAUAUAAAAGAAAUUUUGUCAAAUUUGAGAAGACUGCUCAAGUUUCUCUAAGGUUUCUGAAACAUUACAACGUUGAACAUGGACAGCUGUUAUGUGGGGACAUCUUAUGUCUUUCAAAAUGGUGGAAGCGGUUAAAUAAUUGUUGCAUUCCAUAUGAGGAAUUUUUCAGACAGUCACCAAGAGAACUUCUUUCAAAGCUCAUUAAAUUGAAGUGCUUAGAUACAAAAAUGAUAAAUAGAUUUUGUUUAGACGCCAAUUUUGACGUUGAUCAACAUUAUCAGCUCUACUUGGAAAGCUUGCUAUUGAAUUGGGAGCCUCGUUAUAGAAUUUGCGUUAAUGGUACUGGCGCAGUAAGGCUUGUUAUGGAACACAAAAAAGAUGAAUUCUUUGAAAUAUGUUUAGAAGUUAUUCAUCUUAUUGACUCGGUUGAUGUUGUACUGGAUUUACUGAAAACCAUUUGGGAGAAGGUCAACUUUUAUCAUUAUGAGGUGUUCACUUGCAUUCUGGACUUAUUAUCUUUUUUGGGUGCAAGUUCUGAUAACAAGGAGAAACGCACUGUAUUAUCAUUUUUGUAUUCGUACAAUCGAGUUGGCAAGCCAGGGGAAACCGAAGUUGAACAGUGGUUUACACUAUAUCCUGAUACUCAAUCUAUUGCUGCUCUGUCUCAGUGGCGAUUACCUUUCACUCCUACACUAUUAACUAAUAAAAUAUGGAGCAUCAUUCGACCGGAAGUAAAUUUAAAAACAUACACGCAUUGGUUUAAAGCCAUACGAGUCUUACUAAAUCUGACUCAGGAUGACAUAUGCAGUUAUGUUGUAAAAGAUGUUAUAUCAAGUGGCGUGUUUGCAAACAAUAACGUCGAAGAGUGGAUGAUUCAGGCUAAGCAUGAGGAAUUGCUUCAAGAAAUAGAUCUGUGUAUGCAAAAUAUUAGUAAUUACGAGUUAGCCACAGCUACAUUGUAUACAUUAAUUCCUAAUAUACCAAAAGGAGCGGACAUGGUGAAUGCGGCUGCUUUAUGUUACAAGUAUGCGUGCAAAUAUCUAGCACAAUUCCCAAAAUCUGUCGAUGUUCAAAAGGCUGUGAUCAAAGUGCAUAAGAAGUAUUUACAUUUUUCGAUUAUACAUAUACUUCAUGUAAAUAAUUUGGCUGAUAAGAAGUAUCUCGAUAUUAUAGGAUUGCCCAUUGAAGAUUUCAUCAAAGCAUUAUAUAUGGAUGAUAGAAUUUUGAAAAAAAGGGAACUCAUUAACGUGUAUUGUCCAGAUAUAAAUAAAGCAGUUGAAGAAUUGGCUGUGCUGCAUAAUAUAAACGUUCAAGAAAAAAGGAUAGAAUUGCUAACUUACUGGUUGUCCGUCCCUUUGCUGUCAGUACCCUUCUCAAUAAAGAAGGAUACAUCAAUUCAAAUGAACUCAUUGCACGAAUUCAACAAUACGUCGGAACAUUUGAUUCGAGCAUCUUACUUAUGUACCAGUGGAAACUUGUCAGACUGGCAAUCAUAUUUACUGGCGGUGGGAAAUGUCGAGGUAACCGAAUCAAAAAAUUUGGGCUUCAAAGCAAUGGCCCUAAAGUGUUUUUGCAACAUUUCCACCAUUAAGGAUAUUGAAAGGCUAACCGGGUCAACCUAUAAUGAGUAUCGGAAUUUCAUAAAUAAAUUAUCUCUAAUAAGUAAUCUGGAGCAUUUUGGCUUUUAUUUUACAAUUGAUGCCCUAGAUAGACAUAAUAAAGUGGAGCUGUUGAAUCGAUUAUCCUACCACAUGAAUAGCAUUAUGUCAUUAAAGGUAGUGGCCUCUGUAUGUGUAACGUAUACAAUUUAUGAAACAAAGUAUUGGGCAACCAUAGUAAGGGGUAUGGUAAAGUUAGAGAUGUUUCAAGAAUUAAAAGAAAGUUUAACGUUUUUGAAGAAGAAAGUAGUUGUGUACAAUUUGCAGUGGUAUAUAGAUGCUUGGCAGUUUGUAAUAAAUUAUUCUUUGAAAUCUACAUCACAAGUUGAUCGCGGAACAGUUCGGAAGCAGUGCAUUGAUAGCUUUAUUGUGAUACAAGCAUGUCCAGUAUUAUUUUCAUUAAACUUUGAGCCUAUCAUUGGAAAAUUUUUGGAGCUGGAACAAUAUGAAUUUGUAGCAUUGUUGCUUCAAUAUUUAAAGAAAGAGGACCAAGAUCGUUACAUAAAGGCGUUACAUAAUGUUAAUAUAAAUAUUGGUGACAGAUUUAGAGAAUUAAUAGGCAUGGGAUUUGUUGGUUCUACACAUGUGCAGAACAUCUUAUCUAAAUUUCACAAUGGGAGUGAUUUAAAUGAAGUGGAUUAGGAUUACGCAUUAUUGUUACUGUUGUAUGACAAGAUAUUUUUAUUUUUUCAUUAAAAAUUAUGUAUUUUC